AUGGAGGAUGAUUCAGUAAAGAAUCAUAUGAAAGAAAUAAAUUUGAAACUUGCUAUGAAAGCAUUUUGUCUCACUGCUGAUUUCAUUAACUAUAAAGACCGAAAUUAUAAAUCACAUUUCACACUUUCCAUUUAUACUAUGGAUAAUUAUCUUUGUCUAGAUCGUGCAGCAUUCACUUCACUUUCUAUAUUACCAUUCAAUACACAUCAACAAAAUGUUAAAAUGAGUUUAUAUGAUUUGUUGAAUAAAUGUAGAACAAGUAUUGGUUCACAAUUAUUGAAGAUGUGGAUAACACAACCAUUAGUGAGUGUAGUGGAUAUAAAAAAGAGACAAGACUGUGUAGAAGCAUUCAAAUCAAUGUAUAGAACAAUUCAAUCAGAAUGUUUAAGAAAAGUACAAAAUUUAGAUCAAAUAUUGACAAAGUUUAAAAAUUUCGACAUGGGCAUUGAGGCAAAAUCUACAAAACAACCAAGUUUCGAAGAUUUAGUGGUCUUAUACGAUUGUAUAAUAUCUGCAAAUAGACUUAAUCAAUUUACUUUUAAACGUUAUGAUGGAAUCCAUUCACAUACAAUCCGUGAAUUGUUUGCUGAACCUUUAUCGAAGAUUUCAAGUAAAUUUGAAAGUUAUUUGCGAUUAGUUGAGAAGACAGUGGAUUUGAAAGAGGCAGAAAACCGAGUUUACGUUUUUAAUCGGAAUUUUGACGAAUCUUUGAAGAAAAUUUCAUCAAAACUUGAUCAAAUACGUUAUGAUAUUGAGGGACAGAGACAGACGAUACAAAAUGAGUUACCUUACUCGGGUAAAAAAGGCAAUCAAGUUAAAAUUGUGGAAUGUAACACUCUAGGGUUUCUAUUUAGAAUACCUAAAAAGGAUCAACCAAGUCUGUUAAAAGCUCAAAUCCCAGGUGUUAAUAUAGAAAAGGUACGCCUUAACAAGAAUGAGUUUUUAUUUACAACACCAAAACUAAGGAGACAGUGUACACUAUAUAAGAGUACACUGGCACAAUAUGAAGAGUCACAGGAUCUUAUGGUUAAAAGGACUUUUAAAGUUGCAUGUACUUAUUGGUCACUACUGGAACGGUUUAUUAAGAUUAUUGCAACCCUAGAUGUAUUAACAGCUUUUGCGGAAGUUGCUACUCUUUUCAAUUAUGUAAGACCAACUAUUGAUGAAACUGGCAAAACAGUUAAUCUCGUUGAUGCUAGGCAUCCACUUGUUGAAUAUGUACUCACAUCAAAUUCUUUUAUACCAAAUGAUUUAUAUAUGGAACGUGAUCGUUCAAGAGUGCAUAUUACCACUGGUCCUAAUAUGGGUGGUAAAUCAACAUAUAUUAAACAAGUUGGAUUAAUAGCAAUAAUGAAUCAAAUAGGAUCAUUUGUACCAUGUAAAAAAGCGAAAUUACCAAUUUUUAAACAUAUAUUAUGUAGAAUUGGUGCUUCAGAUAUACAACUCAGAGGAGUUUCAACAUUUUUAGCUGAAAUGGUAGAAUCAGCAGCUAUACUUAGAAUGGCUAAUGAACAUUCAUUAGUUAUUAUUGAUGAAUUAGGUCGUGGUACAUCAACACAUGAUGGAUUUGGAUUAUCAUGGGCAAUAGUAGUAGAUUUAAUAGAACGUGCAAAAUGUUUUUGUUUAUGUGCUACACAUUUUCAUGAAAUGGGUUCAUUAGCAUUAGAACAUUUUGGAGUUGUAAAUAAACAUUUAACAGCACAAUUUUAUGAUUCUAACAAUAGUAUGACAUUUUUAUAUAAAGUGAAAGAUGGCGUUUGUAAAAAAUCGUUUGGAAUUAAUGUUGCAAUUAUAGCCAAAUUUCCUCCAGAUGUAAUAGAAAGUGCAAGAAAUAAGUUGAAAGAACUUGAACAUAAAUAUAGUCCUAAACAUACAGAUUUAAUUAAAGAUUUAUUAAGAUCACCAACAUUCACAGAAUUUAAAAAUAGUCUACAGACUCUCGCACUAGAAGCUUAA